AUGGACUACGAGCCACCCUCGCCUUCUUACCCUUAUCCCGAUACUCACCAGCCUCAAGACUCAGGACGGCCCCUCGAGCAAGUGGACGAGCGUCUUGACCUGAAUACAAAUCCUAGACAUAUCUCUGAAAUCUACUCUCACGAUGCUAUAUCUGGAGCCGAGCUCGGCCAGGACAACUCCAUCAUCUCCGAGUACCUGAGGAGUAGGGACCCUGCCUGGGACCAGCUGACUCCGCGUACUGCACCGCUGACCCUCCUCGAGCUGCCUGUUGACGUCCUUCGUUUGGUUGUGAAGGAGGUGCGCAUCACACAUACCAACGACCUCACCUCUCUGGCGCUGACCAACUCAACCCUUCACAACCUCGCCAUUCCCCACAUCUACUCUCGCUUUGACAUCGUCUGGCCUGAUGCCCUCACCACCACGACCGAGGUGAAAAGUGUCGACGCCCUUACGUACGGCCUAUCGACUCUGUGCCUCGGCAGUCCGUUUGCACGCACUACGAGGCGGCUCCGGAAGGAUGGAAACAUGCCUCCUGGGUCGCUAGCCAAGUUCGCCGGCAACGACUACGCAAAAUAUACCCGCAAGUUCUCCUUGGGCAACGGCCCGAACGACUGGGUCUCCGAAUAUGCUAUUAAUAAAGAGAGUGGCAAGAUGCUGGGGACCUUGGUUGCCUUGGCAGUAUCCAGGAUGGUGAACCUCGAGACCUUCAUAUGGGAUAUGCCUACUGGGGUUCUGUCGGACAUUUUCAUGGCACUGGCUUCUCUGCCCGACAGCUCGGAAAAUGGGCAGUGUAUGCUGGAGCGUGUCUGGAUUCGAUGGCAUGACAAUUCGGAUACAGGCUCCACGUCUUCGUCGGCAUCAAGUCCCAGUCCGGCCACGGCACCCGCCGCCGUGGUACCCGCUGGCAGUACCCUGACUCCCAUUGGCAUCUCGCUACCUUCAACCGCCUCCCAUCCGGCGCCCAAACCUGCCAUCACCUAUGGAGAGAAUCACGUCGAGUACCCCACCUUCAGCGUCCUCCCGCCUCUCAAGAGCCUCACCGUGCUGGAUAUCGAUGAGCUGGCCUAUCUGGAUGAGAUGUCUGUGCUGAUAGAGCGGUCUGUGGAGAGCCUCCAGGAGCUCAGGGUGGGCAUCUCGAACAAAGCUAUACAUCACGAUUUCGUGCAGACCUGGGACGGUCCAGAGCUUGAGCAGGUGGACCACAACGCUCGCUGGCCAGGUGAGAGCAGGAUUGGUGAGAGACGACUGGGGGGUGUUCUUGGCGUGCUCGUCGGCCGCAUAUACGACAUCCGGCGGAAGCCUUCUAGGCCAAAGUCUGAACGUCCCGCAGCGCCACCAGAUGAUUUGGCCAGCCCACAAACUCCGCCCGCUGCAUCCCCUGAGGUACCUCCUACUACUUCGGGAGACGUUCCGCUAUUUGUCGUGGAAGAUGAGACGAAUUCCCCGAUUUCCGAGCCAAACGUGACCCCUACAAAAGAUGCCCAGGUGGCAUUGGGGGCUUCGUCAACGGCUGAUCCCACAUGCCCUGCGUCGUCGGAAUGUCCGGUGAGGGACAGACUGGACGGCAAACUCGGGCUUACGACGUUGGAGCUCGAGAGGGUGCCCCUGUCUAUGCAGGUGUGCAACAAGGCGUUUGACUGGGCAGUAUUGACCAACUUGACCAUUCUAGAGUGUGCCCAACACGAGAAUCUGUGGAAGCUGCUGAAAAAGCAAUUCCAGCCUCAGCCCCGAGUCCACGGCUAUGGAAUCUCACCAACGUCCAGCAAGCCGAUGCCCAACGCUCCUCUACAGUACGCUCUCAAUUUAAAACGCCUCCAUACGGAUGUCACAUCGCCAGCCCUUAUCACCUUCAUCCGUGCGACUUUGGCACCUAAUUCCCUAGAAACACUGUUUCUGCAGGAUCGCAGGCGGUCCGGCAGCAACACUGGCAACAGCCCGCCUCCUGUUACGAUUGAUACUGUCUUCAGGGGUGCCAUCAAACGUCAUCGGUCCAGCUUACGAAGAUUGCUUUUGGACAGCUCAGCCAAGAUCAAUACCAGCGCAUCUAAUUCUAAGAGCACCAGGUGGCGCUCAUGGUGUCUACCAACCGAGGUCUUGCUGUAUAUCACCAGCGGGCGGAUGUCAAACUUGCGGGAGCUGGCCGUGGCAAUUGAAUAUAAUGACUGGCAUACCUUCCUACAACGUUUACCCAAUAUCCCUCAGCUUCGUUCGCUUCACAUUCCUUUCCUGGCAGACCACGUGAUUGGCAAUGCCGAACCCAAGGAGCUGGUCAUGCAGAUGACGGACAUCAUCACCCUGCGGCCAGAGAUACAGCUCUGCUACGUGGGCAUCUCAAACAAGUGCUUCGAGAUUCUGGAAAACCGGCCGUCUGACAAUUUGACCAAUACUCAGCUGAGCGGAGACAGCGGCCCGGUGAAUUUGGUCCACGGCGAUGCUGUUAUGAACCAUGCGGCGGCUGUAGUUGAAGAUGCCACCGACGAGGACGAUACAGAGGACGAGGAUCAUGAUGACGAGGAGUCGCAGGACGAGGGCACUCCGACGAGCCCGACCGAGCCUGAGGACACACAGUCGGAGCACUCAUACGACGACUCGGACGAUGACUCCUUCGUGGAGCCAGCACCCAAGGCUCGCUUGCGACUGCGGGAGAUUCUCUUUUAUGAUGAUAAAGUUGCUAUAUUCAAGGCUCGACAUGGGCGGCUCUAGAUGUGACGCUCCCAAGUAACUGGGACGUAGACCUGGUGUUACGCCAAAGAGAAGUGGUACCCUUCAUAACACUCCAUACUGAGUCCUCAGCAUAAAGAUCAAAGCUUACCAAGCGGCCGGGCCAUGAUGGAAAAAGAAUGACUAGAUGAUGGAUGCACGGGCUAUACCCAUGGGCGUUUUGUAUUUCAUGCUCAAAGCAGCGCAGUCCUCUGGGAGGUCUCUAGAGCUAACUAACAUCAAGCUGCCUAAUACGAUAUCUGAAUAGCAUCUCC